GCGACCGAACGAUCCUCCGAAACUUGCAGAAAGCCACGGACGUCACAAAUGGCAACACCGAGAAGCUCGCGGGGUGGAUUGUCAAGACGGCGCAGCUGGAUGCUGGUUGGCUGGGAGAGAAGAUUGACCACCAGUCCUUGGUGCAGGGCAUCGAGAAUAAGAAGGAGUUCACGGCGAUCAGGGAGAUGAUCGAAGGCGGCAACAAGAAGGAGCUGUUCUUGGCCAUCAACCAGCGCACGAAGCAACUUCAAUCCGA